AUGGACACAGAGCAAGUACAAAUUGCCUCCGAGGAGGAAGCCGAUCCCAACCCUCUGACAGAUCUCCCCACACAAUAUCUAGAAUUUGCAAAAGUGUUUGGGGAAGAGGAGUUCAAGGUGCUUCCUCCGCAUAGAGAAUACGACAUAGCCAUAGAUCUCCUGCCAGACGCCAAACUCUCCCCUGGUCCCAUUUACGGCAUGACAGACGCAGAAUCCAAAGCCCUGAAGCAACACAUUGAUGAAGAACUAGCAACGGGCAAGAUCCGCCCCAGCACUUCAUUGGCAGGUGCUCCAGUCAUGUUUGUAAAAAAGGCAGAUGGUUCUCUCAGGCUGGUGGUAGAUUACCAAAAACUCAACGACGUAACCCAUAAGAACGUUUACCCCUUACCAAGGCAAGACGAUCUCAUGGCCAAACUAAGGCAUGCAAAGAUGUUCACAAAACUGGAUCUCCGCUGGGGUUACAAUAACGUCCAAAUCAAGGAAGGUGACAAAUGGAAAACCGCCUUCCGCACCAAAUAUGGGUUAUUUGAAUACUUGGUGUCCUAG